AUGCGCCACCGCUCUAACUUGUCUUUCUUUUCCUCUCUACCUUUCUCCUGGGACAGUGAGGAGUGUCACCACCAUGUGCACACAGGGACCCUGGGCGGGAAGGGCACAGGGACCCCAAGGCCUGACCCCGACCCCAACUCUCGCCCGCAGAAACGCAACAGGGCCAUUACGGCCCGGAGGCAGCACCUGAAGAGCGUAAUGCUGCAGAUUGCAGCCACGGAGCUGGAGAAGGAGGAGAGCCGGCGGGAGACAGAGAAACAGAACUACCUGGCAGAGCACUGCCCACCGCUCAGCCUGCCCGGCUCCAUGGCCGAGGUGCAGGAGCUGUGCAAACAGCUGCACGCCAAGAUUGACGCAGCCGAGGAGGAGAAAUACGACAUGGAGAUCAGAGUGCAGAAGAGCAGCAAGGAGCUGGAGGACAUGAACCAGAAGCUGUUCGACCUGAGGGGCAAGUUCAAGCGGCCUCCGCUGCGGCGUGUCCGCAUGUCCGCCGACGCCAUGCUCAAGGCCCUGCUGGGCUCCAAGCACAAGGUGUGCAUGGACCUGCGGGCCAACCUGAAGCAGGUGAAGAAGGAAGACACGGAGAAGGAGCGUGACCUGCGCGACGUGGGUGACUGGAGGAAGAACAUCGAGGAGAAGUCGGGCAUGGAGGGCCGCAAGAAGAUGUUCGAGUCCGAGUCCUAGGCCGCCCGGGGGAGGGGGCUCCCGGGGUGCGGGCCCGUGCAGGGGUCAGCCUCAGCUCAGCGCUCAA